AUUGGCAGUUCGCCUGGCCAGAUGAGCAGUGUAACCAGUGUUCUUAUAUUAGCCCUUUGUGAGGGACAGUUUCCAUCAUUCAGUUCAUCACACUUCUCUGGUUGCUGCUGCCAUUAGUCCGCGCUCUUCUCUCUCGCCAUGGCUCUCCCACAAGGCAAAUGGAUUAAGCUGGAGCAGAAAGGAAAGGGGCCUGGAGCAAGAAGCUCGCACGCCAUCACCAUCGUUGGACAGAAAGCCUACGCAUUCGGCGGCGAGUUCACCCCACGUGUCCCGGUCGACAACAACCUCUACGUCUUCGAUCUAACCGACUUAACCUGGUCCGUCGCCGAGGCCUCCGGCGACGUCCCUCCGCCACGAGUGGGCGUCACCAUGACGGCCGUCGGCGAUACCAUCUACGUCUUCGGCGGGAGGGACGCGGACCACAACGAGCUCAACGAGUUCUACUCUUUCGACACGAGUACGAACAAGUGGGUCCUUUUGUCCAGUGGGGAAUCCGGCCCAGUCCACCGGAGCUACCACUCCGCCGCCGCCGAUGGCCGGCGCGUGUACAUCUUCGGCGGCUGCGGCGUCGCGGGCCGGCUCAACGACCUAUGGGCGUACGACGUAGUUGACAAGACGUGGAUUAAGUUCCCAGCCCAAGGCGAAAGCUGCAAGCCCAGAGGUGGGCCGGGCCUGGCGGUGGCCCAGGGAAAAAUAUGGGUCGUCUACGGGUUCUCGGGCGUGGAGCUCGACGACAUCCACUGCUUCGACCCGGAUAACGAGAAGUGGGCCCAGGUAGAGACACGUGGCGAGAAACCAACGGCUCGGAGUGUGUUUUCAACGGUGGGGAUCGGAAAGUACAUAUUCAUAUACGGGGGAGAGGUGGACCCCAGUGACUUGGGUCACCUCGGCGCCGGGAUGUUCAGCGGCCAGCUGUAUGCUCUGGACACGGAAACGCUAGUGUGGGAGAGAUGGGAAGACGGGCGGAGCUCCGGCGAGCACCCGGGGGAGCGGGGUUGGUGUGCUUUCGCUCCCGGCCGCCAGAACGGAGAGGUGGGGUUGCUGGUGUACGGUGGGAAUUCGCCGAGUAAUGAUAGGCUGGAUGACAUUUUCUUCUUCACUCCGACUGGGUCGAAUGAGAAAGGAAAAUGAUCGCCGGCGGGAUGUGGGUCGUGGGGUCCGGCGACGGUGGACAGAUGGGUGCAGUGAUGGUGAUGGUAGGGCGGUUACUUGGGCUUUGUAAUAUGUGUUUUGAGUAUUUUGCGAGUGGUGAGUGAGAGGGUGCGUGGUCUUGUAAAUGUAAUGGCUUUUAAACAAUCAAAUUUGGCUUUUUAAUAUUCU